AUGAGGAAGCAGGGCUAUGAAAUGCCAUCCAGAUGUUGUGUAUGUGUUGAAGAACAGGAUAGUAUGGAGCAUACCUUAUGGAAGUGUAACUUCAGUGUGAAAAUUUGGGACUGGUUGUGUGCCAUUUUUACCUUUCCCAGACCAUUAUCUUUCAGUGAUAUCUGUAAAGCUGCUAGAAAUCAAAGUCCCUUGAUAAAAGAAGUUUGGGUCACAGCUGCAUGUGCUACAAUGAGAGAGUUAUGGUUCCAAAGAAAUGCAAUAUUUUUUGAAGAAGGAAGACCUAAUAUAAACACAUUUAAGUGCAAAAUCUAUCAAGUGGUACAUGAAGGAGGAGGUAGAAUGAAAGGUAAUAGAUGGGGACAAGAUUAUGAUUCUCGGAUUAUAACAUUCUUCAAAUUGGGUACCAGGUAUAUUAAAUUUACUUGCAUCAAAGAAUGUUUUUGGCAUCCUCCUAAAGAAAAUUACAUACAAUUUAGAUGUGAUGGUGCUUCUUUUGGCAACCCUGGAAAUGCAGGAUUUGGAAUAAUUGCUAGGGAUAGUAACUGUCAAGUAAUUGGUACAUUAUCAGGUGGAGUGCGGAUAACAACUAAUUUCAUUGCUGAGAUUUAUGCAGUUCUGUAUGCACUAGAAUGGGCAGUCUAUCUACAUCUUAAGAAAGACAUUAUAAGAUCAGACUCUAAAGCAAUUAUCAUUCUAGCUGACAAUAACAGAGCACCUUGGUAUAUCAGAGCUAGAUGGCAGGCAGUCAUCAAACAAUUUGAAGAUGUUAUUUUUCAGCACUGUUACAGGAAAAUCAACUUCUCAGCUGAUUCAUUAGCAAAGAAGGAUGCAACUUUGACUGCAGGAGAAAGAAUUUGCCACUUGGGGAGACCUCAAACCUUGAAGAGAAUUGAAACGCCUGACACACCAUAUUACAGAUUUGCUAGGUUGCUCCUUAUUUUAGUCUGA